CACCCACUCAGCAAAGACACUCACAACAUCAUUUGCAUCAUAUUUACCGUGAUACAUUAUGACCGCAACAAUCUCUCACGACUCGUUGAAUGCCACACUAACGGGUCUCCGAACCUCGGACGUGAUUCAAUUUCGAGGCAUUCCGUAUAGCCGUAUCCCGCGACGAUUCGCUGCACCCGAGCAACUGGAGAGAUAUCCCAGAUUUCUCGACUGCACCAACUUUGGACCCCGAUGUCCGCAAGUCGCUGUCGAUGUUGGGCAUUUGCUGCGGGUCCCUCCAGAACAUACGUUCCCAGAUGAACCAGAGGACGAGUUCAAAUGCACUAAUCUAGACAUCGUGUUGCCUGACAGAGGCCCUGAUGUGGCAAACAACAAUUUACCUGUCUUGGUCUGGAUACAUGGCGGCUCACAAGCCGUGACAUUUGGAAGCGCUGCAUCUGGAGUUUGCGAUAUGAGCAAAAUAGUAGCCGAUUCUCUUCGUUUGGGAAAGCCAAUGAUUGCGGUAUCCGUUCAGUACCGACUCAACGUCUUUGCUCUUGGCAAUGGGGAUGGACCCCCGAACUUAGCUCUUCGUGAUCAAGAACUAGCUUUGCAGUGGGUUCAGGAACAUAUCGCUGGCUUUGGUGGUGAUCCGAAUUUGAUUACUUUAGCGGGCGAGAGUGCGGGUGCUAUCUAUUGUCACGCCCACCUAGUUACAAACGCGCACGUACGACAAGUCAUUCUAUCAUCUGGCUCAUUAUUCCUGUCACCACCUCAGCCUCGGCAAAUGGUAGUAAGCUUUCGGGAAACGAUUUCCGCGAAGCUGAAGGAACUGGACCAAAAGCUAGACCUGGAAACUGCAUCUGCAAGUCAGGUUGUCGAGGCAGUCAGACGAUCUGGUCUACAGUCGUUUUUCCUCGAAUGGGAAGAAUCCUUUAAUGCUUGGCAGACCAAGACGGGCUGUGCAGAGAGAUUACUCCUCAGUGAUGUAACGAAAGAGGGAGCCAUUUACCAAGCUGGAGUAUGGGCAACAGAUCCCAGCGAUAUAGCGAAAGCUUUUGAUGCUUCCGAACAAUAUGGCGACGAGCUCAAGAAGUUGUAUCAUAUUUACCCCGACCGACCUUCGUCCUGCAAAACUGGGGCGUUGGACUUCAUCAACGACUACAAGUACCUGCUACCGGUCCAGCUCCUCGAGAAAUCCUUCAAGGAUGCAAAUAAGCCUGUUUUCAGAUGUCUAAUUGAUGAAGUAAAUCCGUGGCAGCCGUCAAGCGGAGCUCAUCACGCCGUCGACCUCGUUCUCUUGUUUGGAGGCUUUGAUCUGAGUUUUGCGCCUAGUUCUGAGCGCGUUGGUCAGGCUAUGCGCGAGGCGUGGAUCAAGUUUAUUGCUGGGGAAGAACCUUGGCCUGAGGCAGCGGAAAGGUAUCAUGGGUUUGGUCCCCAUGGGACUUUAAAGACUCUUGAAGACUGGGAGGUUCAGUCACGGAGGCGCAUUGGGCUGGCAGAGAAGUUGAGUGAGAUGGAGAGUUCCCUGCUGGAUAAGACAUCUCGUGGGCUCGCGGCUGGGAAAGUGAGUCUGCUGAAUUAAGACAAUCAUUCCAAAUUUAUCAUCUGAUUACUACAAUCUGAGCCUCCGAAAAUGGGUAUUAUUAUCUCAUCCUG